AUGCAGGUCGGCAACGCGAAUACAAGCACAGGAAUAACAGUCGGAUGUCAACCCAUUGAAGAAGUAAAACAAUUUACAUAUCUUGGUAGUGUACUAUCAAAUGAUGGCAACACUGAAGCAGAUGUCAACUGCAGAAUCGGCAAAGCAUCAGGUGUGUUCCAACGACUACGCCAAGUUUGGUCAACAACAACAAUCAACACCAAAACCAAAAUUCGACUUUAUAACACUAUUGUUCUCCCUACUGCAAUUUAUGCCAGUGAAACAUGGAAAAUCACGAUGCGAAUAGCGCGAAAACUGAACGUAUUCCACCAGAGAUGCCUACGCAGAAUCCUUGGAAUUACCUACCUCGAUCAUAUUACAAACGACGAGAUCCUUCGCCGAUGUAAUUCGCGAAAACUACAAGACAUCGUAACAGAGCGCAGAGUGCGAUUUGCUGGGCACAUACUGCGCUUACCGGAACAACGUCAUUCCAGAACUGCAAUAAAAUGGACGCCUCUUGAGGGAAAACGAAAGAAAGGAAGACCCGUUAAAACAUGGCGUGCAACAUUCAAAGAAGAUCUACAGGAUAUUGGCACCAAAUGGGAAGAAGUCGAGAGCGUCGCGUCAAACCGUGAACGUUGGAGAACACUUGUUGCCCAAUGUGCCAAGUCGCACAGGAGGAACUAA